AGAGAUCUGAGAACUACAGCUAUGUUCUAAUGGAUUGGCACACUUGAAAUAAUUCACAAUUUCUUCUAAAAAAUAAGUUGAUAUUGAAAAAAAAAAAACUGCGCGUUCAUAACUGCGCGUUCAUACGUAUAUUAGUUUGAUUAACAACUGCACAGGACCAAGAAAAUAAAAGUCACUUCAAAGUCAGAAAAUGGCCUGGACUAAAGUAUUCCAAAUCCAUUUGGUUGGAGGCAGGUGAUUAUCUUUAUAAGGUGUAAUUUUAUCUCCCCAACCAGUCUCAACCAGUCCCAACCAGUCUCAACAUGCUUAUAGUACUGACAACACAACCAGUCUCAACCAGUCUCAACAUGCUUAUAGUACUGACAACACAACCAGUCUCAACAUGCUUAUAGUACUGACAACACAACCAGUCUCAACCAGUCUCUACCAGUCUCAACAUGCUUAUAGUACUGACAACACAACCAGUCUCUACCAGUCUCAACAUGCUUAUAGUACUGACAACACAACCAGUCUCAACCAGUCUCAACAUGCUCACAGUACUGACAACACAACCAGUCUCAACCAGUCUCAACAUGCUUAUAGUGCUGACAACACAACCAGUCUCAACCAGUCUCAACAUGCUCACAGUACUGACAACACAACCAGUCUCAACCAGUCUCAACCAGUCUCAACAUGCUCACAGUACUGACAACACAACCAGUCUCAACCAGUCUCAACAUGCUCACAGUACUGACAACACAACCAGUCUCAACCAGUCUCAACAUACUCACAGUACUGACAACACAACCAGUCUCAACCAGUCUCAACAUGCUUAUAGUGCUGACAACACAACCAGUCUCAACCAGUCUCAACAUGCUCACAGUGCUGACAACACAACCAGUCUCAACCAGUCUCAACAUGCUCACAGUACUGACAACACAACCAGUCUCAACCAGUCUCAACAUGCUUAUAGUACUGACAACACAACCAGUCUCAACCAGUCUCAACAUGCUCACAGUACUGACAACACAACCAGUCUCAACCAGUCUCAACAUGCUUAUAGUACUGACAACACAACCAGUCUCAACCAGUCUCAACAUGCUCACAGUACUGACAACACAACCAGUCUCAACCAGUCUCAACAUACUCACAGUACUGACAACACAACCAGUCUCAACCAGUCUCAACAUGCUUAUAGUGCUGACAACACAACCAGUCUCAACAGUACUGACAACACAAUCAGUCUCACAGUACUGACAACACAACCAGUCUCAACCAGUCUCAACCAGUCUCAACAUACUCACAGUACUGACAACACAACCAGUCUCAACCAGUCUCAACAUGCUCACAGUACUGACAACACAACCAGUGUCAACAGUACUGACAACACAACCAGUCUCACAGUACUGACAACACAACCAGUCUCAACAGUACUGACAACACAAUCAGUCUCACAGUACUGA